UGGACCGAACGGGAGGUACGAGAUCUGCUCGCCAUAUGGGGAGAUGAAGCAGUGAUAGCUGAACUCCGUAGCAGUAAAAGAAAUGGAAAAGUAUUAGAAAAGAUCUCCAAGGCCAUGAAGGACCGAGGCCAUAACAGGGACACACAGCAGUGCCACGUGAAAAUUAAGGAGCUACGGCAAGCCUACCACAAAGCCAGAGAAGCAAACGGAAGGUCCGGGGCAGAGCCGCAAACUUGCCGCUACUACGCGGAGCUGCAUGCGAUCCUAGGCGGUGCAGCCACCACUACCCCAACCGUGUGCUAUGACUCUCUCACUGGAGAAACACACAGGGAAGACGCUUCGGGGAACGAGGAAGAUGACGAUGGAGGUACUGUAGGUAGCUCACAGCAGCAAGGAAGCGGAGAAACCGGUUUCCCCAACAGCCAGGAUAUGUUUGUGACCCUGGACCUGGAACCAGUAACCCCCGAACUUACCCAAGACCCUCAGGGCACACAGGAGACCUCUGCUGCAAAUGUUUCUCCUUCGCAGAGGCUCGUGAACAUUAGAAAGAGAAAACGUAAGACGAGGGACGAGAUGUUCACGGAGCUGCAGAUGUCCGCCCAGGCUGAUAGAGCACAGCAGAAUGCGUGGAGGCAGUCAAUGUCGGAGAUGAGAAAAGCCCAAUAUGAACGAGAGGAGAGGUGGCGGGCUGAAUCGCGGGAAGAACAGAGCAAGUGGCGGGCUGAAGACGAUAGGUGGCGUCAGCUUGCAGACAGACGGCAAGAGGCAAUGCUCCGUCUGCUGGAGCAUCAAAGUGAUAUGCUCGAGCGUAUGGGGGUGGGGCCCCCUGCCUAUAUCUUAGCACCCCAUCCCCAGCUCUGGCCACCCUCAGCCAUGGCGUUCCCUGCAGCAGUGGCAGGUCCCUGGCUUUGCUUGCUGCUCCUCCUGGGGGUUCCCCUCACUCUGGGGACCUCUAUUGCUGGGGGGCUGCACAAUGUGUCAGUGUCAGACCCAGAAGUCCAGAAGGCAGCGCAUGCAGCGGAACAGACCUACAACCAGCGCAGUAAGAGCCCCUACUACAGCAAGGGGCUGCAGGUGCUGAGCGCCCAGAAACAGGUCGUGUCCGGGAUCAUGAUACAUCUGACCAUGGAGCUGGUGGAGACACUGUGCAGGAAAAAACAGGAUGGCGUCAUGGAGCUCAAGAAGUGCCUCUUGCCAUCCCCGUCCCAACAGAAGAAAGUGCGCUGUAACUUCCAGAUCUGGUCUCAGACUUGGCUCAAGAAGACACAGAUAGAUCAGCAAUGCAAUUCGGUCAGUCACUGAGCCCCGCUCUGGCUCACGCCGAGCUGAUCAUAAGCCAAAACGUCCGCUCCACCAUCAAAGCUUUGCAGGAGACAGGCCGGCUCCGUCUUGCACUUCUUUUCUCUACUCCCCCAGCCUUAUUCCCAGCACGUGAUGGGCGAUCAGUGUCUUGAAUCUAAACUGGGGUUGGAAAUCAACCAAUUCCUCUGCUUCCGGACUGAUUUCUAAUCCCUGAUUAAUGCCAAAACUGGAGCCUCUGGGCUCUUUCUGUUACCGCUGGGUC